AUGUCACUGCUGAAUUUCUUGCAAAAGACAUCGUUUUUUCGAUUCGGAUUUGUCGAGAGGCUUCGAAUUCUUUUCGGAUUCGCGCCGGCGACAACGAAGAAAUCGAUUCAACAAUCGCAACAACAAACAGUCACAAGAACAACUGAGAAGAAAGAAGAGCAAAGGGUACUCACUUCGACAACUCCUCCUUUGGCCACUCCAACGAUCGCUACGGGAAGUACCCCCGAAAUUGUUAAAGCACAGCAAACCCUUUCGCCAACGAGUUCACCCGUUCAAACACAGAAAAUGAACGCAUCGACCAAACUUUCAGCGGCUGCCCGCAUUCCGUUGAUCAAAUUUUUGGGCGCUCGUCUGCCACGUCCGAAUUUCAAUCGAGCCGAUUUACCGCCACUGCAAGUCGCUGGAAACAUUGCCACUCCAUCACCGACAGUCACUCAAGCGAAACCGUCAUCGAUUGGACCGGUCGGGAAAAUCCCCCGUGGACACGGAAUACCCGAGACACAGCUCCCGAAACGAUUACGUCGUCCACUCAUCGCUCAAGACGAAUGUGAUGCGAUCAAUGCCGGUGGAUCGUAUGGACUU